AUGCGCUCCUUCUUGCUGCUGGCGGUUGCCAUCCUUCCAGUCCUCUCUGUUGCUCAAAGAAGCGGCGGAGGUCGAGGUGGCGGGUUCGGACAAGGCGGCGGGUUCAACCAUGGCGGCGGAAACGCUCCCAACACCUUCAUCACAGUAGCUUCUGCUGCUCCGGCUGCCGCCACGUCCGCCGCUGCCGCUCCUCCUGCUGGUGGCAACAACGGCGGUGGCAAUGGCGGCGGCGGUGGUGCUGCGACUGGAGGAUCCGGCGCAGUAUCAGCCGCACUGAUUCCUCCAUAUGGAAUCACUCCUGGUGUAAAAGCCAAUGACGGAACAGCAAACUGUGUUGGCGACAGUGGAAAGGCCAUUCCGUGA